CCUUAAGUCUUAAAAAUGUCUCUGUGCAGGGCUGAGGAGAAGGUGACAGUUCACUUUCUGAAUCGAGAUGGAAAAAGGAUUUCGGUGAAAGCUUUAACAGGAGAAUCACUACUCGAUAUUGUUGUUAACAAUGAUCUAGAUAUUGAUGGAUUCGGUGCAUGUGAGGGAACUUUAGCCUGCUCUACGUGCCACCUUAUUUUCGAGGAGGCCGUUUUUAAGAAGCUUGGACCUAUUUCUGAUGAGGAAAUGGACAUGCUGGACUUGGCUUAUGGGCUUAAAGACACAUCUCGUCUGGGUUGCCAGGUGUGUUUGAGGAAGGAUCUGGAUGGGAUGAUUCUGCGUGUGCCAGACGUGAUAUCUGAUGCUCGAGUUGACAGUGAAAAAGAGUCCUCCACAGCCCCACCCAAAGUAUAAUCUAUAAAAUAAAGCCCAGUCGUAUAUCAUCAUAACUGCAUUAUGGAGAAAUCUUUAAUAGCAGAUAUUUUAAUAUGUACUACUUUAAUAGAAAACUACAUUUGAAUUGAUAACAUGUAUUAUUUACAUGCUGCCGUAAGUAGUUUUUAUAAUUUUGGUGAUUGAAAUUUUUUUUUAAUUGUGCAGAUUCUGCUAUUCUUUGUCACAAUGAGAGGUGGGAGCAUCUUGCUGUUAAACAUUUUGAAUGCAGAAAUAACUAACUGAUUUAUUGCAUUAAAUAUGAUGUUUAACUU